UCCCAUAUGUGAGUGAAAAGCACUCCAUGCAAAUACUAAAACAUUCUUUGUCUCGCUCCUUCAUCUGUGUUGCCGCUUGUUUCUGCUGCAGUGGAUUACAAGUGCGAAAGAGAAAUCGAGCAGACUCGCAAAGGCCUGUUCGAGUGGUCGGACACUGUAGGAGGAAAGGAGGCAACUCAAGCGUGUCCAAAAAACCCUCAACGCCACGCUACCAGAUACUGUAAGUUGGGCCGCCAUACACACUGGAUGGACCCAAACCUGGAGGCCUGUGCCCUCGUGGUGGAAACCAUCCCCGACCUGGACGACAUCGAAGUCACUGCUGACAAUGCAGAGGAUGUGGUGGAGAUGAUAAAGGAUUUACUAAGCAACCACUCAACGCUCAACUGCCAUGAGCUGGUCACAGUUCUCAAGAAGCUGCAAGACAUCGUGAGCCUCAGCGUGGUCACACCGAACCUGGGCCAAGCUCUGAUCAACAUCAUCUCCAACAUACUGGAGUCGGAGAGCAACCUGGUGCCUUUUACCAACACCAUUCUGAACAUCACAGAGACAGUGGGAGACAAGAUGGUGGGAUAUGAGGGCUCCUCCACCCUGGUUGCUCCAUCGGUGGCCAUCUCUGUUCUAGACAUGGUCCCCGGACAGUUCAUCAAGUUGACUUUUGGGGUGUCGUCUGAUGGCACAGGGGCAAAUCCUGAGAUCUUUAUCAACAGAGACCCCUUCAACGGCACAGUGGCGUUCAUCUCCCUGCCGUCUGUCCUGCAGCACAACUUCCCACAAGAGAGUCUGAGCCACAAUCCAAGAGUUCAGUUUCAAUUCUACGGUAUACCUGGGCUCUUCAAGAGCAGCCAAAAGGGUAAAAUGCUCAACACCUUUGUGGUGUCAGCCAGCGUGACCAACGCCAGCUCUCCAGUCAAAGACCUUCAUGAACACGUCAAAGUCAUGCUGCGGCAUCUGACACCCAAUACUAAUUACAGGGAUGUAGAGUGCGUGUACUGGAACUUCGAUAAAAACGAUGGAAACGGAGGAUGGGACAAUUAUGGCUGCAAGAAAUACUCUAGCAGCUCUGACUACACCACCUGCCUGUGUGAUCAUCUCACGCACUUUGGAGUUCUUCUGGAUGUUUCCAGGGAGGAGCUGGACUCCGCUAACGAGCAGAUCCUGACUAUUAUCACCUACGUUGGUUGCGGAGUCUCGUCACUCUUCUUAGGAAUCACCGUUCUCACUUACACAGCUUUCGAGAAGCUUCGUCGAGACUACCCCUCCCAGAUCCUCAUCAACCUCUCUCUGGCCUUGCUGGGCUUGAACCUGGUCUUCCUGGUCAACUCGUGGCUGUCCUCCUGGGGUGUGUACGGGCUUUGUGUCACUGCAGGAUCCAUGCUGCACUACUUCCUUCUGGCCUCAUUCACCUGGAUGGGAUUAGAGGCCGUUAACAUGUAUUUGGCCCUGGUCAAAGUUUUCAACGUCUACGUGCCAUCGUACAUCCUCAAAUUCUGUAUUCUGGGAUGGGGGUUCCCUCUGGUUAUAUGCACCCUGGUUCUCAUCGUGAACAGAGAAGCCUACGGCAGUCACUUCUACGCUCAGUCUGGCUCACAGUCCCUAGACAACUCUGACAACUUCUGCUGGUUGCAGGACAACGUCACAUUUUAUGUGUCUGUAGUUGCCUACGCGUUGCUGAUUUUCCUCUUCAACACUGCGGUGUUUGUGGUGGUUCUGAUGCAGAUUCGCCACAUGCGAGCCAACAGCCCCGCUGGCACACGCAGUGGGCUGCUUCAUGACCUGAGGGGAGUGGCCAGCAUCACACUGUUGCUGGGACUCACGUGGACGGUGGGCUUCUUUACCUGGGGGCCAGCCAGAGUUGUUCUGCUGUACCUGUUCUCUGGACUCAACAGCCUUCAAGGGCUUUUUAUUUUCCUCUUCCACUGUCUCAUGAAGGAGAAUGUGAGGAAGCAAUGGAGAAUUCACCUCUGCGUUGGACGUUUUCGGCUCGACGAGUUCUCUGAAUGGAGCCACUCGGCCUCAGUUGGAGCGAUGGCCAAACCUAAACCGCCUCCUCCAAAAGCCUCAGUGCCUUCCGUCCGAUCGGUCAAGUCCAGCUCCACAGACAGCACCUCAGCUUCUUCUGACUCCAGCCGGAGAGAAACUUCCUGCAGGAGACCAAACCUCGGUCUGUUCGUGAAUUCCCUGCCUCUCCCUCGAGCCCAGAGGAGCCCCGCUGCUACAGGAGCUGUUGAUUCCCAGAGGUGCAUGAACCCAACACCUGGCUGGAGGAACCAACUGCUAAGCCAGCAGGGACAAAGAUAAAUGAAGGAAAUGCAGGAUACGCACAUGCAUUUCAAUACAAACACCUGCAGACGUGCAAGUGAUAAAUCUCUGGAAUGCCCAUUGUCCCACAGGUCACACAGAUACGUCAGUGUCCAGACGGAUUUAACAGCUUCACUGUACUUUAGCUCCAUUAGAUUCUUUUAUCUAACAAUUCUAUUUUUUCACGCUUUUGCUAAAUAUUGUCAACGAGUCUGUAAUUAUGAAAACACGAGUAGUGGCAACAGUUACAAGGAGUUGGUUGCCAAGCAACUGGUGAGAGGAGCCAUGGUGACAAUGAACCACACACUUUGUAUGAAAAAAUCAUAACAUUUUAAAUUUAAGAUGAUGCAAUUCUCUUUGUGCUCCUUCAAACGUUUCUGCCAGAGGAUUGGGUCUUGUUCUUUUGAAAUAACAAUUACUUCCUAAUCGGCUCAUGAAAUAAUUACCACACCAUCUCUGAAUGUGAUCUCAUAUGUAGUGAGUGUAUUUUAAAAUGU